GAGCACCGAGCUGCGGGAAGAGGGAAAAUCCAGGCCGCUGCUGCGCCCGGAUCCGUGCGGGACCUUCCGCCUCCGCCAGGGGCUCGGGCGGCCGCAGCCGCUCUGGGAGGGGCCCGGCUGUGCGCUCGCCCUUCCGAGGAGGUAGAAGAUGGCAGAAUCCUCGAGGAAGUCCUUCAAAGACAGUCUGAGUGAUAUAAAACAACGUAUGAGAGAGAAAAGAACUCAGAAAUGGUUACGGUUGGGUAAAACUUCCCAGUUCUCCACUGUAAAGGCCAAAAGAGCAACGAACACCUCCAACAAAAUGAAGAUCAUUCAAGCAAACAACAGAGAUCUGGCUCUGUCCUUGCAAGAACACAAGCUCAAACUGAGGGAUGCUGAAGCUACCAUUCUUCAGCUAAGGAAAGAUUAUCACAUUUUGAAGGCUCAGAUGAUUGACUUGCAAAGAAAUCACAGGUUCCAGCAAGAACAAGGGCAUGUGGAGAACCGACUGUCAGCCUUGAAUGAGAUAAUUUCCAAAGUCUCUCAGAAUUUACUGGACUCAGUCACUCUCCUUGGCCCAGCAAAGGAGUUGUGUUCCAUAGACGUAAAUCAAAGAGUGCUUUCUUCAGGUGCUGGAAACAGUUGCAGUGUCACAGAACCAACACAUUCAAUAGGACCUCUAAAGUCUGUUCUUGAAGAUGGUCCUGUACUUCCAAGUGGGAUGGAAGCUGGUGGUGACAGAAAUUCUUUGUCAAAGAUCUGUGUGGAAUCUGACAGUGACAUUUCCUUUACCAAAAUAAUUCCAAGCGAAGGACAGCCAUCUGAUUUUCAUCUGAACAACACAGAGCCAGAGCUGGAAAAUGUUUCUUCAAGUAUAAAGUUUGGAUUUGGUAGCGUGUUACCAAAAAGUGUAUCCACCAGACGUCACUUUUCGACUAUGAGGAACCCUGAUAUAAUUUGUACUGGUGUCUUGGACCAUUUAGAAGUACCUGAUUCAGUAAAAGAACUUUCUGAACAGGAUGAAAUUAGGCUUGAGGAAAGUCUAGAGAAGUGUGCUACAGAAAAUAUAAAUGCGGCUGUUCCUCACUUGAAUGAAAGCAAGGUCGACUCAGAGCUGGUGUUGAGGCAGAAAACUUCUGAAACUGCACAGUUCAAAUUAAAAUGUAAUUCUGAUCUUAAACAACCAGAGUGUAAAAGCAGAAAAAACCCUCAACGAAGGAAAGAAAAGCACCAGAAAGGAAAACUGGAGUGGCCACUUACUUUCCAACAAAGACCAGGAAAACUGGGUAAAGAGGCUUCUAAAGAAAAGCAGAAUUUCUUGGGUGGAAUCAGUGAUGCUUAUGACUUUCGUUUGGAAGAGAGUGUCCAUCUUACACCUUUUCGACAAAACAAGGUGAACGGCAGCGAUACUGAAGUGGAGGACGAAGAAGACUCAGCUGAAACCAAUACCAUUGAGUCAAGCAGUACUGCAGGUGACUCAGAUGACAGCCUCUAUGAGCCUUACAAGAGUAAAUCAAAGAAAAGGCGAAGUUCAGUGGAUGAGAGCCCUAUGUCACCAAUCCAUCCUAGGCCAAGGUCUAAAAGACGUUUGGCACAGCGUGAGCAGAAGCUCUGUCAUGAAGAAGAGACUGAAAACAAAUCAAGUGAUAAAUCUAUUAAGCAGCCUUCUGAGCCAUCUCGUGGGCGUCUCUGUGAUGUUACCAAUACAGCUGCAGUGCUCCCCAGCACUGGGGAUGCAGAAAUUGUCCCUGAAUGUGAAGGACCUCAGUCUCCAAAACGCACACGGAGAAGCUGUUCUGUUACUGUGAACUACAAAGAACCAAGCAUUGUAGGGAAACUCAGAAGAGGAGAUCCCUUUACAGAUACAAAAUUCCUGUGUUCUCCAAUUUUCAAGCUGAAAAAAGACGCUAAACGACGUUCUCGUAAGAAAGAUUCUAUGAAAAUAUCCAAUGAGAAAUUGGUUAGUUGUCUUUGAGAUUCUCAGCAAAACCAUGCCUCUGCCAUGAAGAAAGUGAUUUCCUGCAUGAAAUAUUUUGUUGCACAAUAUGUUAUGUAAAUAUGUAAAUAGUUGUGUGUCUAGUAUUGAGGAGAUCAGAUUAAGGGGGCCUGGAUUUAUUCUAGUGACUAAUUUUACUGAUACGGAUUGAUUGCUUUUAUAACUAAAGUGAUUCUAUUCAAGCUCCUUUUGAAUGGAUUUGGGAGUAUAUGAGAAAUCUCUGAUGGAUAAGAUGGUGAAUGUCAUUGUAUGGGUGAACUUUAGGCACUUACAAUGUUUUCAGCAGCAAGUAUUUUUAAUAACUAUGUUUGUACAGAUCUUAUGUGAUGGCUGUAGUUUCAUGUCAAAUCUUAUAAUAAACAUCUUAGUAUUUUGAAAUGGCUCUGAGUGAAUUGGUGUUCUUUUGGCAGUUUCCAUAGCUGCUCCAAGGGCACUAAUGCCAGCAAUGGGCAGUACAGGCCUGUGUACUCUGUCCCCAUCUUAUGUGGUGGCAUAAGCACUGUUUAGAAGCAACUCAGCAGCUGCAAUUUGAUUCUGUAGCUGCAGCUCUCAAAAGCAGCAAUUCAGGCUUAGUUGGUCCUGCAGCGAGUGCAAGUUAGCAUCAAGCAAACAGAAACAAAGCAAAUUUCUUGUAAAGCUUGGUGAAGAAGGCUCCCAGCUCUUUGAUUCCAACUGUUGUGGGACAUUCAUAACAGUUUAUAAUAAUUUUGUCCCUGCUUUGCCCAGUGCCUUUCCCAGAGGAAGAGGUGCUACAUCUGAGCUUGUGCUAUUUGGUGCCACACGAGGCUGCACAUGAGAAAACAGCGGUAUCCACUGUCCACCACUCAAACUGCUUUCACUUUGCUUGAGACACACUGAAGUAUUAAUAGGUUUGUGAAUAUCCAAAUGAAAGCUUCAUUCUAAACACCUAAUGGGAAAACACAAAAGCUACAUGCUCUUCCUUUGUUUUGUAAGACUGCCUCUCCUACUACAAUAGGUGUAAGAUCUCCCCCUUUCAGUAAUAAAACUAUUAAUUGCUAUUUUAUUUGUAACUUCUUCCAUGUCUCUCAAUAAUAAGACUAGCUGCAGCUACUGAGCAUUUGAAAGUAGUUCACAACACAGCCUUUGGAUGUUUGAAUGGAAACUUAGCUUUAACUUUUGUAUCCUAAAAUUCUAGCCACAGGGCCUCACCAUCUCAGUCUAGAAUUCUAGGACUAGGGGAACUUAUGCAGAGUGGUUGAACUAUAUUGGUUAUAAUGCCAAGGUUGUGGGUCCUAUCCCUGUAUCAGCCAUUCACAUUAGAGCUGCACUUAAUGAUCCUUGAGGGUAUUCUGUGAGCCUCAGGUGCUCUUUCACGAAACAAAUCUGCAACAGCUGUUUUAGCAGGGAGAGAAAAAGAGCAGGGUCAUUGUAGAGCGACCCAAGGCAGGUGUGGUGGGUCUGGGUAGUUUUUUUCUUACUGGAUUGAGCAAGCUUGAAAAAUUGAAGUGAUGAAAUAUCAAGUAAUGAAAAAAAGACACCAAAAAAGACAACAAAAUAAGUAGGGUUUUGUACAUAUAUAAUUUAAAACUAUUCUGUACCAGUACAAUAUAUUAAUUUGACAAAUGUAAAGUUCAUCAGCUGUUAAAGCAUUUGCAAAACCACAUAUCCUACCAUAACUUUAUUGCACAGUAUCUAAGAAAAUAUUCUUAAAUUAGAAAACACGUUUCAAUAUAGAAGAGACAAUCUGAUUGAAAGACGAUAAGAAAAUCUACUCUGAAAAUAACAAAAAUUCACAGGUUACCAAGCUUAACAGGUGCAUCUGUAGGCCCAAUCUACAAAACAGGUUUAUAGUAUCCUGUUCUGGCUAUUAAAGAAAAAGUACUCACUGUACCUUCAUUAUAGAUCCCAAUGUAGGUCAGACUAAAUUCAUACAAAACACGAUGGCAAGUCCAGCAUUAACAUUUUGAAUACCUUGGGUACCACAUUUACUACUUCUGGAUAGUUUCUGACAUCUCCUUGCUGAAUUGAUCUGUGAUCUAACAUUGCACAGGCAUUUUGCAGGAAUAGAUUCUUUGACACAGCACAGGAUUGGUUUUCUCUGUCUCAUAACUUGAAUUUUACCAGUGUUACAUCUGUAAAUAUAAAACACCAAGAAUGAAAGUUUAAUCUGUUUUUCACAAAAGCAGUUAUCAUUUACAAACUCAAAUUAGAAAAUGUCAAGGGACAGCUUUUUGGCCUGUACUGAUCUCCAUUAAGGAUUUAGGUGUACCUCUUAAAUGUAGUGUAAGCAGCAAAAUGUAUAUAUAUUGUAUGUAUAUAUGAGUGUGUGUUCCUUUUGAAGAUAUACUAAGAGUUGUAUAAUGUUAAUAUGUUCCUGGGUCUAAAUAAUCACAGUUAAUAUGCAUUUACAAUAAAGCUUGGUAGAAAAUCCAGUUUACCACAGAGCCAAGUAUCUAAGCUUGAAGCUGUCCUAUGUUGUCUUCCUUUGUGUACAAUAGUCUUAUUUCUGCUGAACAACCUAAAGAAUUUAGCAGUGAGGAGUAGUAAGUAGGGUGGAUCAUGAAGUGCAUAAAACCUUAACUCUACUAAGCCAAUUAAAAUUGUCUAGUAGAUGCAAAGUAGUCUCUAAAGUUAUUUUGGGUACUUAUGUCCUGCAUAAGCCAAGUCACCAUGACAUUGCGCAUCUAGCCAGAUUUUUUUUCUUUUUUCUUUUUUUUUUUUUUUUUUUAAAGAGUGGUUAUGAGAUUACAAUUUGCAGGUAAAAUAUUUAU